AUGUGCCCCACCGGCAAGUACCUGGGGCUCGACCUCUCCGCCGCUGGCGGCGACCUGAGGCCGGCGUUCGACGUGCUUGACGCGGACCGGGACGGCCGCAUCAGCCGGGAGGACCUCAAGUCCUUCUACGCCGCCGCGGGGCCCGCCGCCGGCAAGCAGCGGUUCGACGACGACGACCUCGCGGCCAUGAUCGCGGCCGCCGACGCCGACCGCGACGGCUUCGUGCAGUACGACGAGUUCGAGCGCCUGCUGGCCGGCCGCGCCGCGGCCGCCGCCGCCGCCGCGGGAGGCGCCGGGCGCCGCUCCACCAUGGAGGACGCCUUCCGGCUCAUGGACCGGGACGGGGACGGCAAGGUCGGGUUCGACGACCUCAAGGACUACCUCGGCUGGGCUGGGAUGCCCGCGGCGGACGACGAGGUCCGCUCCAUGAUCCGCGUCGCCGGCGGAGGGGACGGCGGCGACGAAGGCGUGGGGCUCGAGGCGCUCGCCAGAGUGCUCGCGGUCGACUUGGAAGGCAUCGCCCUUUGA